CAGUUAGUGUUCUUUCCCGCGUCUCCUGUGUGCCUGAACAGGAAGCCGACACGGCCACCGGGAAGCUCCUUCGCCGGCAACGUAGUCACCCAUCAGAACCAAGGAGAUAUGUCUGAAUAUGAAAAUGUGGUUGUGGGAAAGCUAAAAUUGAAAGGGAAGGCAUUGGAUGUCAAGUCCGGUGGGGUAAAGAAGAAAAAGAAGCACCAGCAGACUGGAACAUCACAUAAUGAAUCAUCUGGAGGCAAUGAGGGAAAUGAUCCUGCGUAUGAUGAUCAUCUCACGCCAGCAGAGAGGAAAUACAUAAAGCAGCGGGCCAAACUUGACACAAAACUGUUGGUGAAACCCUCCAAUAAAUCACACAGAGUCAAAAUUCAGGACUUCAAUCAGUACCUAGCAAAUCUUGGUGAGCAUUAUGACAUUCCGAAAGUGGGCCCUGCCUAUUUAAUGUUCUCGCCAACGAGAAAGUGCCAAAGUGUGCAGUGGCUUGAUCGCUGUUCUGAUUUUGGGACAUUACCAGACGUGGAUUUUCUUGUGAAGUCUACUUAUAUUCUUCUAAGUGAGGAAGAGGAGCAUUUUAACCUACUGCACGGCUGAAAGAUGAAGCCCCCACCCUUCCCCUCAUGCCCAACUCCAUUUAUGUUCUUGGAAAAACUGUGGGAACAAUAUUUGUUUAUGCAUUCUUUAGUAUCAAAAAAUAAGAAAAUUAUCAAGGAAA